AUGGGCCCCUGUACCGCCUCCUCAUGCUGCUGCCAGGCCCCUAAUCUGCCAUGGGCCCCUGUACCGCCUCCUCAUGCUGCUGCCAGGCCCCUAAUCUGCCAUGGGCCCCUGUACCGCCUCCUCAUGCUGCUGCCAGGUCCAGAGUGUGUCAUGGGUCCCUGUACGGCCUCCCAUUGCUGCUGCCAGGCCCGUAAUCUGCCAUGGGCCCCCCGUACCGACUCCUCAUGCUGCUGCCAGGCCUGUAAUCUGUCAUGGGCCCCUGUACCGCCUCCUCAUGCUGCUGCCAGGUCCAGAGUGUGUCAUGGGUCCCUGUACGGCCUCCCAUUGCUGCUGCCAGGCCCGUAAUCUGCCAUGGGCCCCCGUACCGACUCCUCAUGCUGCUGCCA